AUGGCCGAAGAGGUUUUAAUUCCACCAGCUGGCAAAAUACUCCCGCAUCUUACAGGUUCACUGUUGGCUGUGGCUUUUCUCACAUCCUUUGGAAGUUCUAUGCUUUAUGGAUACAAUUUAGCUGUGGUCAAUUCUCCGGCGGUGUAUAUAAAGGACUUCUUCAACAAAACAGCAUUGAGCCGCAAUGGAAAUGGACUCACUGGGGAGACCCUGACUUUGAUGUAUUCACUCACUGUGUCAGUAUUCGCAAUUGGUGGUCUGCUUGGGUCUUUAAUUGUGGGUGUGCUAGUAACUCGCUUUGGCCGGAAAGGCACUGUGGUAAAAACAACAGUUCUGGUGUUUAUUGCUGGCACACUAAUGGGCUUUAGCAGAAUUUGUGGUUCACCUGAGAUGGUCAUACUGGGUCGUUUCAUCACAGGAAUUCACUCAGGAAUCUCUUUAAGUGUAGUACCAAUGUACCUUGGUGAGAUAGCACCAAAGAACCUGAGAGGCUUUCUGGGUCUGGUUCCAAGUAUCUUUAUUGGCACAGGAGUCUUUGCUGCCCAAAUCCUCGGAUUACAUGAACUAUUAGGAAAGGAGGAACACUGGCCACUGUUCCUCUCUGUGGUGGUGGUACCUACAUUUAUCCAGUUAAUGCUGUUGCCAUGGUUUCCAGAGAGUCCCAGAUACCUGCUGAUUGAGAAGCACAAUGUCCAUGCCACCAUCACAGCUCUGAAGUGGUACAGAGCCAAUUGUAAUAUACAAGCUGAGAUUGAGGAGAUGCAGGAAGAGCAGCGUUCCUUGUCAUCUGUGAAAACAUUGUCAGUGUGGAAUCUUCUCCUUGAUGAUACAGUCCGUUGGCAGGUCCUAAGUGUGGUGGUCAUCAACAUUGGCAUGCAGCUCUCUGGAAUUGAUGCUAUUUGGUUCUAUACCAAUGAUAUAUUUGAGAAUGCGGGAAUCCCUGCGAUAGAGAUCCCAUACACAACAGCAGGCACAGGAAUAAUAGAGAUAAUUGCUGGACUCAUUGGGUGUUUCACAAUAGAGAAGCUGGGGAGGAGGCCUCUUAUGGUUGGAGGAUUCACCAUGAUGGGAGUCUGCAGUUCUGGGAUAACCUUUACCCUUAUUUUACAGACACGUAUGAUAUUCAUGCGUUAUGUGAGUGUCUGCUGCGUGGUCGGAAUCAUCGCUGGAUUCUGUAUUGGUCCAGCGGGAGUUCCCUUCUUGGUCACAGCAGAGCUCUUUAAACAAUCCCAUCGCCCAGCAGCCUACAUAGUGGGAGGAUCUCUGAACUGGCUUUCCAACUUUACUGUGGGCUUUGUCUUCCCCUUCUUACAGAUGUCAGCUGGAGCUUACUGUUACUUGGUCUUCGCCAGCAUUUGUCUGUCUGUGGCCGUCUAUGUCUACAUGGUUAUACCUGAGACCAAAAACAAGACAUUCAUGGAGAUAAGCCAGAUGUUCUCCAAAAAGGAAGCGGUUCGAGAGACCCAGUGCCUUCUCUUGGUGGAUCAGCUAAAGCUGAAGAAGAUGAACGGCUACGGAAUCCUAGAAAAUCAUUCAUUGGAGUUUGAGAGCUCUUCAUCUGUGCCUUAA